CAAUUUGUUGGUGUUCAAGUGGAGUGGGGCGGGCUGUGCCAUGCUGGAACCUGCCGCUCCUACACCAAGGCGUGGCAUGUGCAAUGGCACCUUCCAGAGGGCCCUGCACCGUGGAGUGGCGCGCCGCGCGCCGCGCGGCCCGCGUGGCCGCUCCGGCGAAAACGCCGCGGGUGGCGCUUUGCCUCCUUGGAGUGCCCCGCUUCUUCGAUGCCACCGCACAGCUCUUCAGGCUGAACUUCCUGGAUCGCAUUGAGGAGCCCUGGGACCUCUUCGCUUUUGCCACGGCAAGUCGUCGACCGACCAAAGCCACUUGUCCUCGGUUCCACCGUUUCUUGGAGCUGGAAGAUGGAGACAAAGAAUCUCUUCCCUCUGCUCUACUGGCUGCUGCGCCGUCCAAGGCGGCACGACUCAAUGUAGGUCACGGACGGAGCACGCCCUUGGUGGCUUGGCCGGAAUGGCAGGAACUUCAGGUUUUUCUGAAAUCCUCGGUGGCUGGAAUUGUGGCUUGGGGUGACCAGCCGUUGGAGCUCAUGAGCCAGCAUCCCACUGCAGCUUGGCGCCGAGCAGCCGGUCGACCCGGUGCUUGGCUUGGCGGUCUUGCAGCGUCAGGUGUUGGUCAUGAUGAUGUGACUGGUGGUAAAGAUCGCAAUUGGUCGAACAUGAGCAGCUUUUCGGGAUGGGGCGUACACUUCUCAAACGGUACCACUGGUCAUCAUGUGAGGCCUGGUGCAGGCCUUGCGCAGCUUCGUGCGUUGCAGUGGUGUGCUGAUGCGGUGAAAUGGCACGAGACGAAUGUCAUGGGCCACCAGUACUCCCACAUCUUGUACGCACGUUGGGAUUUGCAAUGGCUCAUUCCCCUGCCUAAGCUGACUUUGCUUAGCGAGAUGGAUGAAGAUGCCAUUUGGCUCCCUGCAGUCCAAGGGCAGUUCUUUACCAAUGACCGCUUUGCAGUGGUUCCGCGUCAAUGGCUUUCAGCAUAUUUUGAAGGCUGGAAGCUUGUGAUCUCUGGCGAGGCAGAGAACGUUUUCGAAUCACAGAUGUCCCGUGUGGGCAGACCCAAUUUUCUUUCUGACAGCACUGAUUGCGAGGCGUUUCUUUAUGCGCGCUUGUCCUAUAUGGGUGCCAGAGCUGCUGAGCUUCCACCCAUCUUCUACGUGCAGUGUGAACCAUCCAAAGACUUGGACACAAGGAAUCUCCGGAGCCUGGGGCAUUUCUCCUGUACGCCAUUUUCUGCUUUGAUGGAGGUGGAGGUCCGCGGCUUCGACGAGCUGAGCAACCGAGAAAUCAUCGAGGCACUGGGCGGCGCCAAGUAUUCGAAUGAAUUGGCAGGAGUCAUGGCGACGGAGUCACUUCUGCAGGGACUGCCCACCGGAUCCGACGCCUGGGAAGCACAAGGGCCAACGCUCUUGAUGCACCUCAUCAAGCCGGUAGUCCAACACUUGGCACUGCAGGAGGUGGAGCCAGUAAACCUUCCAGCUUGGACCAAGCAACACAUCGCGAACACGGUGUUCCUCGCGCAGCAAGUGGAGGUGGCUCGAGCGAUGCAGAAGGGCCUUUGUUUGGAGGUGGAGGAUUGGAGGAGAACUGGCUACAUGUGCAGCAGGCUCUUGGAGAUGAUCAUGACCUUGGCCAUGCAAAGGCACGAGCUCUUUUGGGAUGCCGUGCGCGUGGCUCGGGCAGCUGUUUGGGCUGCUCCUCUCUUCCUGGAGCAUUGGAUCCGUUUGGGCAUUGUGCUCUCGCAUCCGUCGCUGGACAUGUCGAAAGCCGCCGGAGCUUUGGUUCGACAGGCUUUGGUCCUCAACCCGCACCACAAUUGCCUACUAGGGAUGGCGAAGGUGUUGGAGAUUCCACCGAGAUCCAUGCCAGGAGGUGAAGAUGAGCAAAGGCGGCGUUUGGAAGCAGCACUUGGUGGUUCCAAUGCCAGCAGGCGGACCUUGUCCAACAGCGGCCAGGCAAUCCUGCUGAGCUUGCGAAUGCGAGAUCAACAGCGCCGAGUGAGGGAGCAGGCCGUCACGGGUGCUACAACGGGUGCGCAGUGGUUGCAGUACGCUCGGCUGCUGACGCGCCGAGGGUGGCUGAUUGCUGCUCUUGGAGUUUGCAUGCACUUGGAGGCGUCGCUCUUGUCGGAUGCUCGGCCUGAAGCGCUCCGGGAGUUGUCCACCCAGGUGUUAGAUGAGACUCGCCGUUGUCGAGAACCACUGACGGCUGCUUUGCUCACCAAAACUGCAAGCCACUGGGGUGCAGAUUUGGAUGCUUAUGAGCAACACGUUCCAACACCGAACGAGCUGCUGUCGGAACGUUGGCUCACACAACAGGAGGUGUCGGGCUGUUCCAAGCAGUGUUAUAGGAGGCUGAGUCUGUCGGCGCCAUCUCCUCACGCCAUUCCGCCAUCCACAAUGAAAAUGUCCCGACGGGUCUUUGGAUGUGGGUUGAACUAGUUAUCCCAAGCUGGUUUCAAUGUUUUAUCCUGGUCGCAAAAGAAGUGAAUGAACAUCUGCACUCCCGAAAACGGAUGAAAACGGGAUGGUGUUUUUGUCGGCGAAUCGGUAUUCGGAAUUCAUGGUCAUCCAAGGAGCCAUGUUCAUCCAUGCCAUUCACUUCCAUGAUUUCAGGGAAUGUCACUGCAAACUUUCAGGUGAGUAAGGGCGCUACUAGGUGGAGGCCAUCGCUAUUAGGUUGGAGGCCAUCGCUACGAACGGAGCAAGAAGCUAAAAGUACUGGUACUCGUAGCGUUAAAACUGGCCUCACCUGGCUGCCAGCUGUCUCGCCUGUGUUUUGGGGCGAACAGGCGAAGACCUACGACGGUGGCCUCGACACGAAAGCAUCGC